GAUACGAAGACGCAAGCGUGGCAUUAUUAUGAUCAUCCAUGUCUAGCGUCCAAACAAAAACAAGACGGUGGGGGAGUUAACCAACCCAGUUGAGAGCAAACUGGAGCAGCAGGCGAACAAAAUCGCAAAAUUCGAGCAGUAGCCAUGGCUUCUGCAGCAGCAUCAAACUCUUCGUUGUACAUUCUCGGACCUCCAAGUACUCAUUACAGAAACAAAAAUGAUUUCAGAAUCUACGGCCAAUUUCUCAGCCUCAAACGGAAGCCAUGGACGUUCCCUUCAACCAGUGUGACAUAUCAACCUUUUCCCACCCCAAACCAAUCUUCUUCCAGCAUCACCUGCUUUGCUACUGAUAAACCUUCUUCUUCCUCUGAAAUUAGUUCAGCAGCCAAGAUUCGUAGCGAAGUUCUGUCUCCAUUUCGGUCAGUCCGGAUGUUCUUUUACAUUGCUUUCAUUGCCAGUGGUUCACUGGGAGGGCUCAUAGCGACCACACGAUUGAUAGGGGCACUAUCCAAUCCAUCCAGAGCAGCCGAAGUCCCUGAGAUUUUGAAAGGUCUCGGUAUCGAUGUCGGAGCAGUGUCGCUGUUUGCAUUCUUGUAUUAUCGGGAAAACAACGCUAAGAAUGCACAAUUGGCUAGACUCUCCAGAGAGGAAAGCCUAUCGAACCUGAAGCUCCGUGUGGACGAAAAAAGGAUAAUCCCAGUGAGUUCCUUGAGAGGGAAUGCUAGGCUUGUAAUCUGUGCUGGACCUGAAUCCUUCGUAAAGGAAGCGUUUAGACUUAGCGAGCCUUUCACCGAAAGGCUUUUGGAACGCGGUGUGCUUGUGGUUCCAUUUGCCACGGAUGGGUAUUUACCACCAAGUUUUGAGUUUGACGAAAGCGAAGAGAGCAAAGAUAUUACUGCCAAGAGGAAGAGACUCUGGCAACUGGUUCCUGUUUAUGUUUCAGAAUGGACCAAGUGGUUAGAAGAACAAAAGAAAUUGGCUGGUGUCUCCACUGAGUCUCCAGUGUAUUUAUCUCUGCGCUUGGAUGGCCGUGUCCGUGGCAGUGGCGUUGGUUACCCUCCUUGGAAUGCUUUUGUUGCACAGUUACCCCCCGUAAAAGGAAUGUGGUCUGGUCUACUUGACGGAUUUGACGGACGAGUUUGAUCAAAAUACGUAUUAUUUAUUUAUUUUUGGUGCUUUGUAAACGCCAUUUUUCCCUUCAAAGACAACCAAAAAAAAAAAGAAAAAAUAAAAGAAAAAAAGGUUAUAUUAGCUUCUGUUAACGGUUCAUAGGUUAUAAGUUUCUUGUUUUCAAAUUGUUCAUAAUCCCAAUUUUCUCAUUUUAUCU